CGUAGUCGUUGUGCUAACCGUUGUUAUCGUCGUCCAUCGUCGCCGAACGUCAUGAGCGAUAUUAAUUUAUCUAUAAAUUCGUCGUCAGACAGUAGUGAUAUUAGUUUUCAGUCGAAUCAGUCGAUCGACAACGACGACAACGACUCACUGGCAGUAGUGACCCAAAGUUAUUGCGGAAAUUCCAUCAUCGUUGCUCCCAUCUUACCACAGUCCAGGUGUAUUAAUCAAAACAACCAAAGAUCAUUAACAUGGAAUAUAUCGUUGACUGAUGAACAAGAUGAAAUAUCUGAAAACUUUUUAAGGAUGUAUAAUGAACCAAUAACAGUUGCUGAAAAAUUUGGUCCAGCUAUUUUAACGGUUCCCGAGAACAUAAGAAAACAAGCUGAUGAAUUAUUCAAACCUUCGGAAAUCAAUCCAAACGAAAUAUUUGAUUGGGUAAAUACCAAAGUCUCGUGUAUUCUUUCAUCUAGCUAUCAACAAUACCUUAAGUCUAUUCCUCUAAACGUGAUGGAGAAGAGAGAAAGACACGUGCUGUACCCUUGGACGCAGUGGAACACAUCGACCGGCACGCAACGCCGUCCGUCGCUCAACACAGCAGCCGUGGCAUCACCGGCGGCGUCCGACCGUUCCAUGUCAUCGUCGUCUUCAUCGUCAGUGAACGCCCACGCGGUGUACGGCAAAUCACCAAACAACAACAACAACAAUUGCAGCAGUAGUAGCAACAGUAGCAACAACAACAACUCAUUUGGUUACUGGAGCGGCGGCGUCGGUGCGACGGUAGCGGCGGCGUCGGCGACAGCUGAUUGCACGUUGUCGUCUUCGUCGGCCAGUGAACUGAGCUUUUCGCAUUGGGCGGCCGUCGACGCUACGUCGUCACCGCAACAACAGCAGCAUCAGCAGCAGUACCAUUACUACCAAAACCCAUACCACCACCACCACCGCCAACAACAACAACAACAACAACAACAACAACAACAACAACAACAACAACAACAACAGCCGGUCACGGGCUGGACACCGGUGGCGGUCCAAUCGUCACCGUCUGACUGCGGCCGGUCAGUGUCAUCGGCCGAGUUCGUUCAGCACAACGCCGCGGACGGCCGCUCGGCAUCGCCAACGGUCCGCUGGCCGUCGCGUCUGUUCUACUGCGUGAACACCGACAACAACACGAUCAACAAGUUGGUUGAGCACUAUUGCACGUUCUGCUACAAGAACCACGAACCGCCCGAGGUGUACGGUGGCCACCUGGUCCGGGACGACACGCGCACCACUUGUCCCAAGCUCAGGGCGCUCCGGUGCAAGCACUGCAACGGCACCGGCGACAACGCGCACACCAUCAAAUACUGUCCGUUUUUGUAUUCGAACUACAGUUGAUGGAUGGCCGGCGAUCGUGUUGUGUAGACGUCAUGCGCGAUCGAUCGAUUUCGCUGGACGUUUUGUUGGACGGGUGGGUGGCUGGUUAGCGGGUGGGAUGGGGUCUGAGGGUUAUCGAGUGAUCGUUUUUUCGUGUCGAUCUUGAUUUUUUUUCGUUUUGUAUAUAUCAUAUAAAUGUGUAAGUACUCGAAUUUACCGUUAUUUAGCCAUUGCAUGUGUGUUAUUAUCAUAAUAAUAAUGUUAGUGAUCAUUAUUAUUUUUUUAAAAUUUUUUUAUCUAUAUCUUUCGCACUCAUUCGCGAGUUAAUAACAAUUAUAUCGACACUCUCGAACGAGCUGAUAAGAUAAGUACGAUUUUAUGAGUUUACAAUGACCGUCACCGUUCGUUUAUCAUCAUAAUACAAGUCUACAAUAUGCUUGAUGUUAUAUUAUAUUUAGCAGUCGGUUGAUAAUAAUAAUGUAAUGUUACGCUUGUUCGUUGUUGCAAUAUGCGUCGUGCGUGUAGCGUGCACACACCGUGCACCUCGCGACGGCCGUUCUUGUCACAAUUCCGCCGUCCCUAUGUAAACUUUACACGGCAAUACCUUCCUAAAUUUUUACACUAUUAUAACGAUAACGACCGGUGUGGGUCUAGACUUUAACUGUACAGAGAAGAUAAAAAUAAAAUCCAGAACUUUCUUACGAUGUUGAUGUGUAGUUGCUUUUCUAUGGUUUGUUAUAUUAUUCUUUUUGUUAUGCAUUAUUCGUUACGGUAAACUUUUCUUUAUUCGGAGUCGUUAUUAUUAAUUUUAUUUUUUUAUCAUUAUUAUUAAUAUUUAAUAUUAUAUUUCACGGACGUUAGACACGCAUGCUAAAAUUAUUCAUGUUGGUAUUCUAAAAAUUAAAAACCAUUCAGAGUUUGUUUUGUUUUUUUAAUCGUUGGAUGAAAUAUUUUUUACAUCGGCAUAUUAUAAAAUAUAGUUUAUUAUUUAUUUUGGCUAUAACGUUGUUUUGAGUUGAAUAGGUUCUGUGACGCCUCGUUAAUAUAAUUUAUAUAAAUUACCACUUAUUAAUGUUAAAAAUUUAUUAUAUUUCGUGUAUUGCGUAUGUUAAUAUUGUAUAGUGCAACUCAAAAAUAUCAAUCCGUGUAUUUUGUGACUCAUCGUUAACACAUAUCAUACACUGUUCCAAUAUAGGUAUUCAAAUUUAGCUAUAUUUUUAAUAUUGUAAAUAUUGUUAUUUUAAAAAUAUGCAGAUAAAUGUACUGUAUUAAAUGUAUAUAUAAUAUUGUAAUUUGUUUGAUGUACUCGUAAUUAUGUGAUAUUAUUUUGUCUUGAAAAAAAUAACUAUAAUUCUAAGGUAAUAGUUUUUCAAUAUCUUAUAACAAAUCA